AUGGUUAUUCCGGGGGAGGUGUUGAAUAUGGCAAAGGGUGAAGAUGUCACUGUCAAAGAUGCUGUUUACAGGUUGCAACACUGUCUUCUUGAAGGUAUUCAAGAUGAAAAUAAGUUGUUUGCUGCAGGAUCGGUUAUGUCUCGUGGCGACUAUCAAGAUGUGGUUACUGAGAGGUCGAUAGCAAAGUUAUGCGGUUACCCUCUUUGUAGUAACAGUUUGACUUUGGAAGCACCAAAUAAGGGGAGAUAUAGCAUUUCAUUGAAGGAACAUAAGGUUUACGAUCUUCAGGAAACCUACAUGUACUGCUCCCCGGAAUGUGUGAUAAACAGUAGAGCAUUUCCGGCAAGCCUGCAGGAAGAGAGGUCUUCAGCGCUAAACCCCACGAAAUUGAACCAAGUUUUAAGGCUGUUUGAGGGAUUAGGAUUGGAAGACUCCAAGAUGGAUGCGUGUGAGAAAAGUAAAUUUGGGCCUUCGGCAUUGAAAAUACAUGAGAAGAUGGACAAAAGUGCUGGGGAAGUGACUUUGAAAGAGUGGAUGGGGCCAUCAAAUGCUAUUGAGGGUUAUGUGCCACAGAAAGACCCUACUUUCAACCAGCAACAGCCAGAUAAAUCUGACAAAGGGCUGAAGUCUAAGAAUGAUGCCCAAGCAAAACCUAAAAAAAGGUUGAAAGAGCAUUCAGCUAAAUCAGAAGAGCGGGUUGCUUCUGUGGGACACCAAAAUAAGAGUAAAGAACUAGCAAAAGCUCAGAGAAAACAGGCCAUGCAGAAAAAACUUGAUGCAUUAUCAACAGACGUGAAUCAGAAGCUUGUUAUUACAGAUUCAUCUUCUGAUUCUGCCAGAAAUGCACCUGACUUGAAUUUUAGUGAGGCAACUUCAGAAAUUCAGGAUGAAAAGGCACUUUGGUCAAAUCAAACGUUACUAAGAUCUUCUCUAAAAUCAUCAAACAGAAAGAAAGAAACCCGUUCUGUUACUUGGGCUGAUGAGAAGACUGAUGGCAAUAGCAAUAAAAGCCUCUGCGGGUUUAGAGAACCAGAGGAUAAAACAGAUGGCAAUGGCCAAAAAAUUCUCUGCAAUUUGAACAAAUCAGAGGACAAAAAUGAUACUUCUGGAAUACUGAACACUGUGGAAGUGAAAGGGGAUGAGGAUCCAGAUAGAUUGUUAUCUGCUGAAGCAUGUGCAAGAGCCCUCACUGAAGCUGCUGAACCUGUUGCAUCUGGAGCUUCUGAUAUCUCCGAUGCGAUUUCUGAAGCUGGGAUUAUUGUAUUACCACCUCCAGAUGAAGAGAAAUUUGAUAUGCUUGAUUCUGAACCUGAUUCUUUAAAAUGGCCUAUGAAUUCUAGCUCGAGUGAUUCCUGGUAUGAUGAGCCGCCAGAGGGUUUCAAUUUAGUACUAUCACCAUUUGCCACAAUGUACAUGACACUCUUUGCAUGGACAUCAUCAUGUUCCUUGGCUUACAUUUAUGGACACGAUGAAAGCCUUUAUGACGAAUAUUCGUGUGUCAAUGGAAGGGAGUACCCCUGCAAGAUUAUAGCCUUAGAUGGUCGAUCCACAGAAAUCAAGCUAGUACUGUCCAGCUGCCUUGCUCCUGCAUUGCCUGGACUUGUUACUGAUCUCAGACUACCAGUGCCUCUAUCUACGUUGGAGAAGGAAAUGGAUCACUUUAUGUUAGAGGGUUUGCUACUUUAUAUGGAUGCUUGCCUUCUCUUGGUGGACAUCAGAGUUUUGAAUAGGAUCCCUGCACUGACUACUUACAUGACUGGUAGACGAAUUUUACUGCCAAAGGUGUUUCAAGGUGCCCAGAUAACUGCUGAAGAAUACGAGAUCAUGAAGGAUCUCUUGAUUCCACUUGGUAGAGUACCUCAAUUUUCCAUGCAAUGUGGCGCCUAA